AUGUCAAGAGGUUAUGACAAUUAUAACAGGCAUAUUUGCCUCAUCCCAAUCCCAGACUUGUCUCGUUUAAAACGAGACGUUGGGAUUUAUAUUUCAGGAGGAAUGUUUGCAUUAGGGUGGUGGUUUUUCAUUGAUUCUGUAGUGUACUCUAAUUACCUGAGACGAAAUGGUGAUGAUGAUACGGUUCCUUUUGUAAGUUUCGAAGAUUGGUUGUGCGGAAUUUUUAGCACGUUAGGAAUGAUAAUCGUUAAUUUAAUUGACAAAUCUCGCCUAACGAACGAGUACAUGGGAUCAGGAUCUGCAACGAGAGGAGCUCGUCUUUGCUUAUUUGUAGGAUUUGCCGCAAUGGCCGGUGGGCUCGCCGGAUCUUGUACUGUGUUAAUUCUUAAAUAUAUUGUAGCUAAUAUUGAAAUGCCCUAUCUAUAUUUUGGAAUUGCCUUGGUCAUCCAAAAUUUAUUCAUCAUGAUCAGUUCUUUUAUGCUUUGGAUUGCACAAAGUACUGAGGAAGAAUACAAUCAUAAUUUUCUUUAA